AUGACGGCGGCUCCUGACUACCUGGUGCUCCUCUUCGCGACCACGGCGGGCGCCGGCGGGGCCAGGCUGGGCUCGGACGAGCGGGAGCUGCUGCGGCUCCUGUGGCAAGUGGUGGACCUGAGGCGCAAGGAGCUGGGGCCCCCGCACGACGUGCUGGUCCGGCCUGACCGCCCCGAGCUGACGGCCGAGUGCCAGGAGGCCACCAAGGUGGACGCGGAGAGCCUGGCGCUGGCCCCGCCGCUGGAGCAGGCGCUGAGACAGUUUAAUCAGUCUGUGAGCAAUGAGCUGAAUAUUGGUGUAGGUACUUCCUUCUGUUUCUGUACUGAUGGACAGCUGCACAUCAGGCAAGUUCUGCAUCCUGAAGCUUCCAAAAAGAAUAUUUUAUUGCCUGAAUGCUUCUACUCCUUUUUUGACUUGCGAAAAGAGUUCAAGAAGUGUUGCCCUGGCUCACCUGACAUUAGUAAACUUGAUGUUGCAGCCAUGACAGAAUAUUUAAAUCUUGACAAGAGCAGCCCAGCAUUUCCAUACGGAGCCUCCCAAGUUGAAGAUAUGGGGAAUAUUAUUUUAACACUAAUAUCUGAACCAUACAAUCACAGGUUUUCAGAUCCAGAAAGAGUGAAUUACAAAUUUGAAAGUGGGCCUUGCAGUAAGAUGGAACUUGUGGAUGAUAAUGCUGUAAUCCGAGCAAGAGGAUUACCAUGGCAGUCAUCUGACCAGGACAUAGCCAGAUUCUUCAAAGGCCUAAAUAUCGCCAAAGGAGGUGCUGCACUCUGUCUCAAUGCCCAAGGUAGGAGGAAUGGGGAGGCUCUUGUGAGGUUCGUAAGUGAAGAGCAUAGAGAUCUAGCGCUACAAAGACACAAGCACCACAUGGGGAAUCGAUACAUUGAGGUAUACAAGGCAACAGGUGAAGACUUCCUUAAAAUUGCAGGAGGCACUUCCAACGAGGUUGCACAGUUCUUAUCAAAAGAAAACCAAGUGAUUGUCAGGAUGCGAGGACUUCCCUUCAAUGUGACAGCAGAAGAAGUGCUGAUGUUCUUUGGCCAGCACUGCCCUGUGACAGGAGGAAAGGAGGGAGUCUUAUUUGUCACGUACCCUGACAGCAGGCCAACAGGGGAUGCAUUUGUGUUGUUUGCCUGUGAGGAAUAUGCACAAAAUGCGCUGAAAAAGCAUAAGGAAUUGCUGGGGAAAAGGUACAUUGAACUCUUCAGGAGCACUGCAGCAGAAGUUCAGCAGGUGCUGAACAGGUAUUCUUCCGCACCUCUCAUUCCUCUCCCAACACCACCUAUCCUUCCAGUAUUACCUCAGCAGCUCGUGCCUCCCACGAGUGUCAGAGACUGCAUACGUUUGCGUGGUCUUCCCUACACUGCCACUAUUGAGGACAUCCUGGAGUUCUUGGGGGAAUUUUCUACAGAUAUCCGGACCCACGGAGUUCACAUGGUACUAAAUCACCAGGGACGUCCAUCAGGAGAUGCUUUUAUUCAGAUGAAAUCUGCAGAACGAGCUUUUUUGGCUGCACAGAAGUGUCAUAAGAAGACUAUGAAGGACAGAUAUGUUGAAGUCUUUCAAUGUUCUGCUGAGGAGAUGAACUUUGUAUUAAUGGGGGGCACUUUAAAUCGAAAUGGCUUGUCCCCACCACCAUGUAAGUUACCAUGCCUUUCACCCCCUUCCUACUCCUUUCCCACUCCUGCUGCAGUUGUGCCGACAGAAGCUGCCCUAUAUCAGCCAUCUGUGCUCCUGAACCCACGAACGCUCCAGCCCUCCACAGCAUACUACCCUGCUGGAGCACAGCUCUUCAUGAACUACACUGCCUACUACCCCAGUAUGCAGCAGAGGAUGGACUUGUACACACAAAUGAUCCGGCCAGGACAGUGUCCAAAGAAUGGAUUUGCAUUUAAAGGUCCCAGCAGUUAG